AUGGCAGAUCCGUUUGAGGUGCGCAUGCGCUUUACAGCGCAGCUGCAGCAUCUAAGUGCUUCUAUCACAUCGUCACAGAAAGCCGCGCAUUAUGCCCUCAAAUACCGCGACUUGGACGAGGACCUUCACUCGUGCAUUUUGGAACAACUUGAAAGGAAUAAUAUGAAUAACAGAGCCAAUAUCAUGUACUUCGUCGAACACUUCUGCGAAAUGGCCACCAAAGAAGACCACCUCCCCUACGUUCGAAUGAUGCAGCGCGAUAUCCUACGGGUAGUCGAUUCUGUCGUCCCACCAGACGGCUCAGGCGCAGCAAACGUGAAGCACGUCCGUCGAGUCCUCAGCGGUCUCCAAACCAAGCAGAUCCUCUCCGCCGAGUCGGUAGCUGAGAUCGACGCCGCUCUAAAAGAACGCGAUACCCUUGAUCUUGAACAUGAGGAAGGGGGUGAAGGUAGUGGGAAGCCGAAGACAGGGACACCGCGGGGUUCUAGGCCCAAUGGGAUGCGCGUCGAUAAGAGGCAGAUUGAGCAGAGGAUUGAGGAGGACCGUGAGCGGAAUAAGCGUCUGAGGGAGAGUAUGUGGACUGUGAGCGGAGACGAUGGAGAAGAGCACGGGAGGUUCUGGGAUGAACUGAGUGAUGUUGGGGAGGAUGAUUUUGUGAAUGCGAACGAGGAGCAUAUGGAGCGAAAGCAAAUGGCGAUUGCCAGAUAA